AGAGACGUAGACCAAGUAGUGUAAGCGUAAGGUAGCUUUCAUAGGUUGAAAACUUUGUACGGAAAAGGAGUAGUACUACUUUUUACUAGUAGUAAGUAACUACUACUACAACGUACUAGCAGAAGAUACCAGUACAACGACUACCAGGAUGGUGCAUCCACACCACGAGGCUCUCUUUUCCGCUUCUAAGUGCAGUGACAGCAGCAGCACUGGCCCUGACGCUAUAAUACCAGUGAAAGAAUCCGGAAUUUUCAGUUUCGAAUGGUUGUUCUCGCUAAAACGCCUCCUCGGUUGGACCUCUGUUGAGUCCCUCAUAGAACGUAGCGAGGCUUUGACUGACAAAGCUUCGUAUUUGGCUGCGCGAGCGACGGGGAUGUUGAGGCCCUCGUCUGCUAAAAUUUUUUCCCACGAUGCUGCGCAACAUGCAGGUUAUGCAUCCAUGAUGGCACAUCGGAGCCUCGAAUCUUUGGGUGUAGUCCCAGGACUAGGAGAAGGAAGUAGUUCGGCUUUUCUUAGCAUUGGGGAUGAGGAUGUAGUUCAAGGCCUACCCCUUGUUAGGGCAAGCGGUUCCACAUCAUCGAGACGUCGGAUGUUGACAUCAGUAGACGGCAGCACAAGGAUAAGUACAUCACUCGCGACAGCUAAUUAUACAGAUCUUCCAGCACCAGCAAAAGUGCUAGUGCGGACAUCGUCUCCCUCUUCUUCUUCCUUCGCGUCCUCCAGGAAAGCACUAGUGCCGACAUCGUCUCCCUCUUCUUCUUCCUUCGCGUCCUCCAUCAGUAACAACAAGGUCAACAUCGGGAAAACAGCAAAAGGAAAGCCAUUAGGUGAGCCACUCCACGAAGAUGGAGUCGAGGACACGAUGCAAAAGUUGAGGCAUGGCGUAAUUCAGAUUCAUAACGGGAUUGACGGCUUACAAAAGCAAAUGCAGAGGAUAGCUGCAGACUUGGAUGCGGCUAACGACUGAGCAACAGACUUUGAUGCGAGUAAUUUGGUUGAAGAUUCUGAUUCAUGGGAUUGAAAAAGAUGGGAACAACAGAUGUUGAUGUAGCGAUAGCUGGAACUAAACGAAUUUCGAUUUUAAGAACAACGAUUGAAAAUAAUUCGAGUUCUUCACAUUAUUGCCUCAUCUUCAUCAUCAAUGUUGACCAGAGUUUUGUUGUCUUUGUUAUAUUCGCCACUCGUUAAUAUCGCAAGAGUCAGUGUAGCUGUAGUUAUCGCCUUCAAUUUAUUUAA